AUGCUACACCCUCACUUUCUUCCAUGGAUCGUCUUCGCUCUGGUCGCCCUCGUCACUCCUUCAUCUGCUGCCACAACAACGUUCAAAGCGGGCGAUCCUGGAUUACAGUUCUCAGCAGGCUGGACCAACAGCACGUUCAAUGGUGUCCCCUUUGUAAAUUUGAAUGGAGAGGGGAAUCUAACCGCGCGUCUGCCUGUUGGUGUAACACAAGUACAGUAUACCGGGUUCAAGCUACCAAUACUCUCGCUAUACCAUGUCUGCCUUGACGGUAUUUGCUCGACGAUUAAUGUCACUGACUCUACGGCGAACUUCCCCCCUCCAUCCGUGCUCUUCACAUUAUCCGUAGAUCCGACUUCGCCUCACACACUUGCCAUCGUCAACGGCCUUUCCACGUCGACAAUUACAUUCAUAUCACUUGUCGUCACUACUUCCGAUAGCAAUACUACUUCAACCAGCUCAUCGGCGUCAUCGGUAGCCACUGCCACUGCUUCUGCUAGUCCGACAUCAACAAACGGGAACCAGCAAAACAACUCGGAAGGAGGGCCUGGGAACCGCGCCUUGUCGACGACAAUCAUCCUAUUGGUUCUCUUGGGCUCCAUUUCAAUACUUGUCGGCCUCGUCGUAUUCUUGCAACGCGUGAGGCAACGUAGACUGGAGCUCAUCAGGAAUGGUGGCGACGAUAGAACUGGCAACCAAAAGGCGGACCCUCCAAAUCCGUCGUCUGCUCCCCCAGAAGUAUCCAUGCCCUCUAUCAAUCGUCUCAGCACCUUCAUCGCUUCAAAUACAUCACAAUCACGAUUUGAAAAUGGGUUGAAUUCGUCAUCUCGAUACAAGUCACUACCCCCAGCGCCAGCGCCAGCGCCCUCGCGUCCGCCGACACUAGGUCAACCCUCUACAAGCAGGGUGGCGCAACUCAAUGAAGUCGGGCGUCCUCCUCACCCAGGUCAUCCCACCCUUUUUCUACCUAGUUUCUUGGACUUUGAAGAGCCAUCAGUCUCACAUUUCUCCACGUCAGCCACAGAUCACAGUUAG